AUGUACCUAGUACGAAUAGUGACUGUGAGACUACUAGGCAAAGGUGGCUAUGGUGCUGUAUAUGAAGUAUUACGGAAAAGUGAUAGCAAACUGUUUGCUGUGAAAUGCGAAAAACUAAGCGCAAGAAAGAAGGUGCUUCCAAUGGAUUGUCGUGUUUUACGUGGAGCGCAAAUCAUAAAAAGUUGUCAUUUUUGUACAAUAGAGGACCGAGGAAAAGUCGAAAACCGUUUUAUAUUUCUUGUUAUGAAGCUCAUCGGCAGCAACCUUUGGGAUCUACGCGUAGAGAGAGAAACAAUGCGAUUUACGCUAAACACAUCUCUAAAAGCGGCUGAGCAGUGCCUAAUCUGUAUAGAGGAGCUGCACAGGCUAGGAUUUCUCCAUCGCGAUAUCAAGCCAGGCAAUUUCGCCAUUGGUCGACAAGACGCCAACGAACAUCACAUCAUAUAUAUGUUAGACUUCGGAUUGUGCAGAAAAUUUCAGGAGAAGGUAGGUCGUGAAUCACAAAACACAAGAAAACACGACAAAGAUGUUCGAGUCCCGCGAGAAGUAGCUCCGUUCCGAGGCACAACAAGAUACGCACCGAUAGCAGCAAUGAAACAGAUUGAACAAUCUCGAAAAGACGACUUGGAGGGAUGGAUGUAUAUGGUUGUUGAAUGGACCUCAGGCGGUCUGCCUUGGAGAAAGUAUAAGGCAGAUAAUCGAGAAGAAGUACUGAAAAUGAAGGAGGAAGUGCGUGAUAAGGAGGAGGCAAUGACG